AUGCAGCAACAAUUAACCUCAAAUUGUAAGAAUUGUGACCGGCCAGACCAUGUGGAAAACAUGGUUGCGUGCGACAAGUGUAAUACUUGGUGGCACUUUGGUUGUGCAGACGUCACCGAAUCAGUCGCUGAUAGAUCCUGGAAGUGCAAUAAUUGCUCCACCUUCUGUGACUCAAUAAAGUCAGUUAGAUCAACCAUAAGUGCUCGCCUGCGACUGAAACAAUUAGAAGAAAGGAAGGCACUGGAUGAUCUUCAAGUUCAAAGGGACCGUGAGUACUUAGCCCAGAAACAUCAACUUGAAGCUGAGGUGGACGCAGAAAAUGAAGACAAUUCGAAAAGCUACAGUAGUCGCCAUAACUCUGAACAUGUACGUUGUUGGGUAGAACAUCAAAACUCGGGGUCUGAAGAAGUUACUUUUCCGGACAUGAAUAUGUCAACGCCAAUUACAUCUAAUACAUGCAACCCCGGGCACUCUGCUGGUACAGUUCCUGACCUGCAAGCCGUGCCAGGAAAUUCAGCUCUUGUCGCACAAUCUCUUUACACAACGGCCCCAAUAUCGGCACCUCAACGACCGAGGCAUGCAACAGAACAGGUAGGCCGACCGUCAGGUUUAACUCAAUACGAUCAAACACGCUACACGAUGAAUUUGCCAAGUGGAAAUAAACCUAAACACGUAUAUCUUCCCGACACACCAUACGGAUUACAGAAACAUAUGCCGCUUCCUACGGAACUGUCACUCCACGACACCGCUCCCGGUCCUGCAUUAUUUCAACAGACCGUAGUAGGACCGAAUCUACCAAUAAACUAUAGUGUAGCUCAACCAGAAGUGACCUGGUCUUCGUACUACGCCAACGGGUUACCACGAAUUGCACCGUUAGUUACUCCGUACGUACUACCCCCGCUUACCAGAUCCGAGGUACCGGGUCCAGCAGGGGGGAUAUACGGUACCGGAUUCAAACCGAUGCUGAAUAAAAAUGCUACUUCGGAACCAUCGUUUGCUGUUCAACCGCGGCUAAAUACUAUUGUAAGUGGAAAUGCACCAGUAGUUACCUCAAAUACGCUACAGCAGUUUACUGGAUCUAAUGGACUAGGCAUAGCUGCGGAGAUGUAUGGAAUAUUGCCUGAUGCGCAGCGGACUAAAGUUACUAUCUCGGCACCAUCGAUUCCCGCUCAACUGCCGCAGUUUGCAGAGCCACCGAAUCCGAUUUUCGCUGGAUUAAAUCAACCAACCUAUGGAAAUCUCCAGCAGUCGAGUUCUACAUGGCCUUCAGAUGGAGUUAUAACACCACAACAACUUGCCGCACGUCACGUAGUUAGCAAGGAGCUUCCAAAGUUUUCUGGUGAUCCUUUAGAAUGGCCGAUGUUUCUAAGUGCAUUCGAGUCAACUACUGCCAUGUGUGGCAUCCAGCCUGACGAAAAUUUGGCAAGAUUACAAAAGAGUUUGGUGGGAAGUGCACGAGAUAAAGUUCAAAGUAUCCUAACGCUUCCGUCAGCUGUUCCGGAAAUCAUCAGCACUCUUCGGGAUGAAUGUGGACGACCAGAACAGCUAGUGUAUUGUUUGCUCACAAGGAUACGCGGUGCCCCCGCUCCGAAUGUAAAUAAGUUAGAAACGCUUGUAACGUUUGAGAGAGAGGUUAGAAAUUUAGUGACGUAUAUUGAAGCAGCCAAUCUUCACUCCCACCUCUCAAAUCCGAUGCUCUUGACAGAGUUGGUAGGGAAGCUUCCACCAAGCUUGCGACUAGAUUGGGGACUUCAUAGCCAGCGAGUUCCACAAGUUACAUUGAAAGCAUUUAGCGAUUAUGUUUCGUGUAUUAAAACAGCCGCGUGUCACGUAAAUCUACCGGUCGAUUGCGGUGGAGAAGGAGGAGGUGUUAAACGAGGCGCGAGAAAAGAUAAAGAUGGGUUCAUUAACGCUCACUUAGCUGACGACGAAUCUAAGUAUGAACAGGAAGAACCAUCUCCUAGAAACGCUACUUAUCAGAGAGAAAAAAUGAAACCUUGUCACGCCUGCCAGCGUACUAAUCACCGCAUACGUGAAUGUGAAACAUUUGUCAAACUCAGCCUUAUGGAAAGACUAAACUUAGUUGAACAAAUCGGUUUAUGCAAAAGUUGCUUGUCCCGUCAUGGUAAAUGGCCCUGUAGAAAUAAACAGCCAUGUGGCAUAAAUGAUUGCAAAGAACCACAUCAUAAAUUACUACAUGCGUUUUCAUCUACAUCGAUAGACAAAUUUUCCCAAGUUGAACCGUCUGCUAUUGUAUCCGCCCAUUCCACCCAUAAAAUGACUUCGCUUUUUAAGAUUAUUCCUGUUGUACUUGGCAACAAAGGCAAAUCCGUAGAAACUUUUGCAUUUCUGGACGAUGGAUCAGACUUGACCUUAUUGGAGAAUAAAUUGGCAAAUGAACUGGGCCUAGAAGGCGUCGAAAGUAGUCUUUGCCUGCAAUGGACUGGUAGUGUUACUAGGAGAGAGUCGUUCUCGAAGAAAGUUAAGCUGACCAUUGCUGGUAUGGGAAACAAAGCAGUACACACCUUACAAGAUGUUCGAACCGUAGAUAAUCUGGGAUUGCCGAAACAAACUCUAGAUUUUCAUAAACUCUCACAGCGGUACUCAUUUUUGCAAGGUCUUCCGAUCGAAAGCUAUGAAGAAGCGAUGCCAGGUAUAUUGAUCGGAGUGGACAAUGCACGACUAAAGCUGCCACUAAACAAGCGGGAUCGAGGUGACUCCGAGCCGGUAGCUAUCAAAACACGCUUAGGGUGGACUAUAUUUGGUGGGCGUCGAGAGUCUGGGGAACCUGAGAGACUUAUGAUUCACGUGUGUAACUGUUCACCUGAUCGCGAAUUGAACGAUCUAAUGAAGGACUACUUUGCCAUGGAAGACAUAGGAGUCUACGGAGUAACGGUACCAGAAACUGCUGAAGACUGUCGUGCUAGGAACAUACUUGAACGCACAACUAGGCGAACCGCUUCUGGUAAAUUUGAAACCGGGCUACUUUGGAGAACUGACAAUUUCAAAUUUCCAAAUAGUUUACCUAUGGCUGAGCGACGAUUAAAAUGCUUAGAGCGUAGGUUACGUUUAGAUCCAGAACUACAGAGAUCAGUUGCUACUCUAAUCGAUGAGUAUCAAGAGAGAGGUUAUGCUCAUAAAAUCACUGCAAAGGAACUGCAGGGGUCCGACCCCCGGAAGAUAUGGUACUUGCCAUUAGGAGUCGUCCGGAAUCCACGAAAACCGAACAAGAUACGCAUUAUUUGGGACGCCGCCGCAACAGUCGGAGAAGUAUCGCUGAACUCCAUGCUCUUGAAAGGGCCAGAUCUCUUGAAACCGCUUUUAUCAGUACUUUGUCGGUUUCGUCAAAGGCAGUUCGCGAUAGCAGCCGACAUUCGACAGAUGUUUCAUCAACUGUUAGUUCGGGAAGAAGACCGUCAAUCGCAAAGAUUUCUGUGGCGCACCGAUCCAGCGUCCCCUCCCGAGAUAUUUGUAAUGGAUGUAGUCACUUUCGGAGCCUCGUGCUCUCCGUGCUCAGCGCAGUACGUAAAAAAUGUCAACGCGUUAGAGUAUGCCGAUCGUUAUCCUGAGGCAGCACUGGCCAUUAUUGAGAAUACAUACGUCGACGAUUACUUAGAUAGUAGAGACACAAUAGAGCAAGCAGUGAACCUUGCUGUGGAAGUACGGGUUAUACACGGUAAGGCUGGUUUCGAAAUCAGGAAUUGGCAGUCGAAUUCGCAACAAAUCCUUGCACGGGUCGGGGAAGUAAAACCCCAAACCGAGAAAACGUUUACAGCUGAAAAGCUUACUUCAGUGGAGCGCAUCCUGGGAAUGAUAUGGGUUCCAAACGAAGACGUUUUCGUUUUUACUGCUCAGUUUCGACCUGACUUACAACCCUUGCUGAGUGGCGAGAUAACCCCCACCAAGCGACAAGUACUGCAAGUCGUAAUGAGUUUGUUUGAUCCCCUAGGUAUAGUCUCAACCUUCACUAUCCACGGAAAAAUUCUUAUUCAAGACGUGUGGAGAUCAGGGAUCGACUGGGAUGAACCCAUUACCGAGGCUGACUUUGUUAACUGGCAACGAUGGGUGAAAAAGUCACCAGAAUUAGAUCGUGUAAGAAUACCUCGAUGCUACUUUCCAGGUUACAAAAAAUAUAGUUAUGAUUCGCUAGAAUUGCAUAUGUUCGUAGAUGCAAGUGAGAAAGCAUAUUGUGCUGUAGCCUACUUUCGUAUUAUCGAGGAUGGCGCACCAAGAUGUGCGUUGGUUACCUCUAAAACAAGAGUGACUCCAUUACGACCUCAAUCGAUACCAAAAAACGAGCUUAACGCGGCUGUACUGGGUGUGCGAUUGAUCAAAACAAUAGUGGACAAUCAUACUUUACCCAUAAAAAAACGAUUUAUUUGGACCGAUUCAACGACGGUGCUUUCCUGGCUCAAAGCCGACCCACGAAAAUAUCGCCCGUACGUAGCAUUUAGGGUCUCGGAAAUUCUUGCCGAGUCCAAUAUUGAGGAUUGGCGUUGGGUUCCUACGAAGGACAAUAUUGCUGACGGAGCCACGAAGUGGGGUGCGGGGCCGAGUUUCGACCCAGAGAGUAGUUGGUUCCAUGGGCCUGAGCUUUUAUAUCUACCAGAGACACAAUGGCCUCCAAGAAAGAUAAAAUUAGAGAUUCCCACAGAUGAACUACGCAUCGUUCAUGUACAUCAAGAAACUCCAACUCAGCCAUUUAUAGAGUUUUCUAAUUUUUCUCGUUUGGAAGAUAUUCUGAAGAAGCUUGCUUAUUUGCAUCAUUUUUUGAACAACUGUCGUUUAAAAGGAACAACUCCAAAGAAAACACAUGAAAUGGUAUUGUCACAACGAGAUUACAUGGCAGCGGAAAAAAGUUUAUGGCGAAUGGUGCAAGUCGAAGCAUAUGCAGCAGAAAUCGCAAUACUACAGACAAACUCUUCAUUACCGGAAGUUCAACGAAAGCGUUUGACUAACGCUAGUCAGCUGAGUAGAUUAUCGCCCUUCCUAGAUGAAGACGGCAUUGUCCGAUUGGAAAGCCGAAUCGAUCCAGAAGCCGCCUAUUACUGCUUUGACUUUCGUAAUCCAAUUAUUCUACCCAACAAAAGUUAUGUAACGGAAUUACUUGUUCUUCGGCUUCAUCAACGUUACGGUCACGCAAAUAAGAGCACGGUUAUGAAUGAGCUACAACAAAAAUAUUACAUCCCGAAAAUGCGAUCGUUAAUCAAUCGAGUUAUGAAAAACUGCUCUUGGUGCCGUGUAUAUCGAGCUAAACCGAGUGAACCUAAGAUGGCCCCACUCCCUCAAGCCAGAGUUCAACCGUAUGUGCGUCCCUUCGAAUUCACUGGCAUAGACUAUUUUGGACCGCUAAUAGUGAAAAGAGGCAGAACUAAUGAAAAGCGUUGGGUGGCUCUGUUCACCUGCUUAACCAUCAGAGCUGUUCACCUAGAAGUGGUACACUCCUUAUCAGCGGAGUCUUGCAAAAUGGCAAUCCGGCGAUUCGUUUCGAGAAGAGGUACUCCACGACAUAUCUUCAGUGAUAACGGUACAAAUUUUCGAGGAGUCGCUAAAGAGCUGGCGCAAGAGAUAAAGAAUAUCAAUCAUUCGAUAGCUGCUUCAUUCGUUAGUGCUGAAACUGCAUGGAGCUUUAACCCACCGUCCGCGCCCCAUAUGGGCGGAGUUUGGGAGAGGAAAGUUCGUUCGGUCAAGGAAGCCUUUAAAGUACUGUCUCAUCGCGAUAAGCUAGAAGAUGAGUCUUUCGCAACGCUUCUUAUCGAGGCUGAAAUGAUCGUGAACUCUCAUCCGCUAACGUCUGUGCCAUUAGACUCACCAGAACAAAAGGUUUUAACUCCUAAUGACUUUCUGAUAAUUAACACUGGUGGAACAAAUAGUCCAGAAAGAACUCCGGUUCAUGAAGGGGUAUCGCUAAGAACUAGCUGGAAAUUGAUGCAACAUUUACUCAACCAAUUUUGGAAACGAUGGAUACAAUCAUAUCUUCCAACCAUCGCGCGAAGGACUAAAUGGUACUCCGAGGUCAGACCUUUGCGAGAAGACGACCUCGUGGUUAUAGUCGACGAAACAGUGCGGAAUGGGUGGCUCCGUGGACGUGUGAUUAAAGUGUAUACGAAUUCAGAUGGUCAGGUGCGUAAGGUUGAUGUACAAACAAACAGUGGAGUGCUGCAACGACCUGCUAUAAAAGUAGCUCUGCUUGACGUAGUAGAUGUUAGUAAAACCGAUCCUUGA